GAUGGCGGACACAAUGAGUCGGUGUCGUGCCUGCUGGCUCUAAGGCGACCGCGAGGAAGGACAGUCAGGGAGGCCAAGCAGUCCAAGCGGGCGAGUGAUAAUCGAGGAGGAGGAGAAGGCGGUCGCCCGAUUCGUGACCGCCCUCUACUCGCCACCAGCGCGCACCCGCCCCGCUCGGCUUGGCCCUCUGCAGCCCUCCCGCUCGGCGCCGGGCCCCGCCCCGACCGUGCGCCGCCGCCGCUGCCUCCAGCAGCCGCCGCCGCCAUGAAGCUGACCGACAGCGUGCUGCGGAGCUUCCGCGUCGCCAAGGUGUUCCGCGAGAACUCGGACAAGAUUAACUGUUUUGACUUCAGCCCCAACGGCGAGACGGUCAUCUCGAGCAGCGACGAUGACUCCAUCGUGCUCUAUGACUGCCAGGAGGGCAAACCAAAGAGAACCCUGUACAGUAAGAAAUAUGGUGUGGACCUCAUCAGAUACACGCAUGCGGCAAACACAGUUGUUUACAGCUCUAACAAAAUAGAUGACACUAUUCGUUACCUGUCCUUACACGACAACAAAUAUAUCAGAUACUUUCCUGGACAUAGCAAAAGGGUGGUGGCCUUAUCCAUGUCACCUGUGGAUGACACCUUCAUUUCUGGGUCUCUUGAUAAAACCAUUCGACUUUGGGAUCUCCGGUCUCCUAAUUGCCAGGGCCUCAUGCAUCUACAGGGCAAGCCAGUUUGUUCAUUUGAUCCAGAAGGGUUAAUUUUUGCUGCCGGUGUUAACUCUGAAAUGGUCAAGCUUUAUGACCUUCGUUCUUUUGACAAGGGGCCGUUUGCAACCUUUAAGAUGCAGUAUGAUCGGACUUGUGAAUGGACAGGACUUAAGUUCAGCAAUGAUGGCAAGCUCAUACUGAUUUCCACCAAUGGCAGCUUCAUCCGUCUCAUCGAUGCAUUCAAAGGGGUGGUGAUGCACACAUUUGGGGGUUAUGCCAACAGCAAAGCUGUCACACUAGAGGCUUCAUUUACUCCAGACUCUCAGUUUAUUAUGAUUGGUUCAGAAGAUGGCAAAAUCCAUGUGUGGAAUGGUGAGAGUGGCAUAAAGGUAGCAGUAUUGGAUGGUAAACACACAGGCCCCAUCACCUGUUUGCAGUUCAACCCUAAGUUCAUGACAUUUGCCAGCGCGUGUUCCAACAUGGCCUUCUGGUUGCCCACCAUUGAUGACUGACUCUCAUGUUGCUUGCCUAAUUCUGAAUAGUGAGGGUGGCCAGCAGGAUAACCUCAGAGAGGACUGAGAGAAUAGUGAGAUUGGAUCAUUUGACUGGGCUGGAGAACAUCUUUUCACAUGGCCUUCUCCUGGAUGUGCUGUACAUCUGCGCAAAAGAAAAAAAUUCCUUUGCCGAGCUUCUUCAAAAGGACUUGUGGUGCUGCAGAUUCAUUUGGGACUUGGCCUUUGCAGCUGGCACCCCACCCACCAAGCUCCUCCAGAGGAGUGACCAGACUUGUAAUUAGGUUAGAGUGGAACGCUCAGUGCGCCUUCAAUUUUGAAUGUAUUUGCUGCUGAGGAGCCAGUGAAGUUGUCAGUUCUGCACAUACAUUCUCCCACCCCUGUAAAUGCAUGGGAAACCGAAGUUCUGGUUUUUGAGAUGCUAGGGAAAUUCAUUGCCCCUUGCCCUCUCCCUGCAUGUCUUGUUACUAGGUCUCCCUGUGUACUUAUGGCAUUAUUCCACAGUCAUCAUGUUUCUUAGGUGCCAAACAUUUACAGAAAGAAGUCUUCAUAUACCUUGGGGUCAGAUACUGUAGGACCUUGCUUGUAAGGAAGCCAUGCAUUUAACCCUAGGAGAAUGGGUGGUCUGGGCAGGCCUCAGGCUCUGAUGUUGGGUAGGAGAAGGCCCAGAAGUUUAGAAGAGGAGGGAAGUGGUUAACAGGCAAGUUCCUAGAGUUGGAAGGUUUACCAGCAGUCUGGUGUAGUCCCCCCAUCAAAACAAACCCACAGUCAUCCUGGGUGCCUACCAAGCUUGGUUUGUACAAAAGCAAGGUAGGAGUCUAUUUUUGUACUUGAGACAUAUCACGCUUUCCUGUGGGCCAGUAUUGUGGAGUGAGUGAGUUUACACUGAUGCCUUCCUUUCCUGCCCAUCACAAAUUGUGUACAUAGUCUCCAAAUGACACUCCUUCCUCAUGCCCCUCCUUUCCUCAGCUCCCCACCCAAGAGCUGGUUCUAGGCCUGUGUUAUAUGUUAUAUUUAGCCUUUUUAUAUAAGAUCUUUGAUUUGUUUGUACUCUAGCACAGCGUGUGCAUCUCCAUUUAAAUAUAUUUGUGUAUACAUACAUGCAUAUACCUAUCCAUCUGUAGUUUCUCAAAGUUCAGCCUAAGGAGAGAGUUCUGCAGCCCAGGAAAAAGACUACAUCGUUGCUAAUAGUGUUUGCCACAAGUGUUAGUCUUCCCUGUUACCUUUUUCCCUUUGGAAGACUAAAUAAAACAAAGCUUCUAGUGUUUGCUGUUUCCAUGGCAGCUAAGUGAGGGUCUUGGGAUGACUCUCCUGUGUUCUUCAGGCUGCACUUUGGAGCCCUCUCUACAGUAUUACUCUUUUUUUGCCUGGUGAUGCUCUGUGCUUACAUACGUGUGACAGUCAUUUUUGCAUGGCUUCUGUGCCUGGCUUGCAGCAUUUGGGAACAGGAUGCUGGAACCAAAGUGUUUUUUGUUUGAGGCUGCUCUGCAAAUUACAAGUAAUUCCCACCUAGCUGGCAUGUCUGCUUUCUUGCUUUUUCUUGUCUCCUAUUGAGAAGAAGGAGCUCUUGUCAGGCUCAGGUUGAGAUGAAGUACAGACUGGCCAUGGGCUUACUUCCCUUGCAUAGCCAUUGUGGGGGCAGAGCAAGUGGCAUCUUGGUAAGCUCCCAACCAGACUUUUAUGUAGGUAACACCCCCUGCAGAUCCAGAAAUCUGCCUAACAAGGUUAUGGCUUGCCCAGAGGUUUACCGCAGCUGGGGUAAAUCAAAUCAUCGCUGCUACUAUUGAGCAGCAACCAAAAGUUAUGAAUAAUUAAUCCAUUUUGUUUAAAGCAAUUACUUCCUGACUUGUUACUUAAAUUUUUCGAGCAAGGGUAUAUACCUUUCCCAAAAGUAGACAAAAUCUGCAGCUGCCCCCAUGCCACCCCCUAUGUAGUUCUUCCUUCCCAGGAGCUUUAGAAAUCAAAUGAUCUGAGCUGUUACUGCCACCUGUGCUUUUCAGGUUAGAAAAUUCAUGUUAGGACUAACUACAGAGAGUGCUUGACACCAUGGGUUAACAAGAAAGGCCAUGUCACUUACAUAACUGUAAUGACAGAAUGACUUGCCCAGCAGCAGGAAUAAUUUGAGUUCCUGUGUCUAAAGCUAAAGCACCACGUCCUUUCAAAGUAUGACACCACACAGCCUCUACUUCUGAGCCCUGUGGCACUACUGCUGGCUCCAGAGUUGCUGAGAAAAAGAAAGAUGCAGCUGAACAUGACCUCAGGCACUGCGAUGGUGGAGACGGAGAGAAGCAAGAGUUCAGGCUGAGAGCCUGUGCUGCAGGGAUGUCUCAGUGGCAGCCAGGGAUGCUAAGCUCUCCUCGGUGGGGAGGAGCUGCUCAUCACCUUCUGAAGACUCAAGGCCAAAGCCACUGCUUUAUGUGAGACCAUGAUACUACAUUGGUAAACCACCAGCCAGUAGGGUAUCUUUUAAUAUUCCCUGUUGCAAUCAUAAUUACUGCUUAUUUUUAAAAAUUUAGGCAUUUAUACAAUCAGUUUGCUACCCAAAUGCUACAUAGCACUGUUAAUCUUUUGGUGUUAAAUGUUCCUCUAAACUUCUGUGUAUAGAUUUUUUUUUUGGUGUGUUUACAUAGUUGUUAUUCUACUGUACAUACGAUUUUAUGUCCCUUUUGUACUUAACAUAAACAUCUUUUCCAUGUUA